UUCCACAGCAGCUGAUGCUGAGGCACGAAGAAGAAGAAGAAGAAGAAAUCCAGCGUCACGAAAAAAACAAAUAAAAGGCGUAGUUUGUCUCUUUGGCGUCUUUUGGCUUUAAACAGAGUAACAACAUGGACCUGUCAUUCAUGGCUGCGCAGAUCCCAGUAAUGACGGGAGCCUUCAUGGACUCCUCGCCCAACGAUGAUUACAGCGGCGAACACUCACUCUUCAAUUCCUCGGCUAGCGUCCACGCGGCGGCCUCAGCUGUCUCCAUACAUGGCCAGCAGGAUGAGCCACAGUCCAUGUCCAGUGAUGCCAUCUGGCUGUGGAUUGCCAUUGUGGCCACCAUUGGCAACAUUGUGGUGGUCGGCGUUGUUUACGCCUGCACUUUCUGAUGAACGUUCGUCAAGGACAUACUUUGUAGGCGGACACACAAAAUUCCUUUGUCUCUCUCUGCUUGUCAAUUGGCUUUUGGAUCAGAGCGUGGAACAAUCAACAGUGAUAUAUUGAUAUAUAUCAAAAUAUUGAUUUAUAUGUAUCGAUUUAUUGAUAUGUCUUCCUUUAGGGUGAUAACUGGAAAUUUGUCUCCUUUGUUGGCACGGACUGGGUUUGGAUAGAGACCAAGCAUUUGUGGACAACAGCCCUGUAGUUAAAAUGCAGAAACAAGUCUGGGAUUCCCUUGCCUGGAUAUAAUGAUCUUUUCCAGUUAAGUUUGUUUCCAUGUUUCUUUUCAGACAAUGCACUUACUGGUAAUGCAGAGCUGACAAUGGAGAUUAAAUGGGUCUUAAGAUCUUGAGCAUCUGCUCUAUACUUGCUUUGCAAUUUAGGGCAGUGCUGCUUAAUUAUGCGUCUGAAAGAAGAUAGCAAAAUGUUAAAACAUUUAAAGGGUAGUGGGAUUAUUUCACUGACAAGCAACCCUCUGGUACACGAUGGUAGUGCUCAUAUAUGCCAUUAAUUAGAGGAUGAAGUAUUUUAAGAACAACAGUCAUCAAUCUACCUGCUUUUUCCAAACAGUUUAAUGAGAGGAAAAUGAAAAUAGGGCACUGACAGUCGUGAAAGUCCCUUUGUUGCACACUGACAACCUUUCCUGCAUUUCCAUCUUUUAGAUAUAAUAUUUAAAGGCUUGUUUUUGUGCCACAUGCUGGCAAAAUCCACCAGG